ACAAAGCUUAUACCAUACAAAAGUUUUGCAGAAGAGACCCUUUUCUUUUCUUUUUCACCUGCAUGCCAUCCUGUGGUGUGUUCUCAGCCUUCCUCAGAAACAAAGAUUUCGGAUUGUUUUUCUCUCUUUGGAAAUGUAUAAGCUUGCCAUGGCCUCUAUCAAACCUUCCCAUCACUUCUUCUUUGUGGUUGUUCUUGCCAUUUUCUUGCUUUCUCCUCCAGUGCUCAGUGAUGUUGAGGAAGACCAUCUUCUUCAAGGACUCAACAGUUUCAGGACAUCGGUGAACCUCCCGUUAUUCAGCAAGAACAAAAACGCACACUGUGCUGCCGAGCAAAUUGCCGACGACCUGGAGGACCAGCCAUGUUCGAACUCCAACAAUGAAACUAGAUUAUCCGACCAUCCAAAUGCUACAUCCAAGUGCGAUAUCGACCCCAACACCACAAGCGAUGCGAUCGUACUGCCCGUCUGCGUCCCGGACCUGGUUCCAACCCUCGUUCUCACCAACUUCACACGCACCCAUUUCUCCAAGUACAUGAACGAUUCCAGCUUCACCGGGAUCGGGGUUAGUUCCCAGGACGAUUGGAUGGUGGUCGUUCUUGCCCCCAACACUCCAUCCGGGAGCCUUGCCAAUGGAGCUUGGUCUUGGGUUCAUGCAAAGGUUGGCUUAGGCCAUUACUUGGUACUUUCCUUGUUGGGUUUGGUUCUUUGUCUUAUGCAAUGAAAGCCCUAAAUCCUUGUAUGUUCUUCCCCAUGUUCUUGUGUUCUUGAGUUUGUAAUUAAGUACAUAUUUGACAUGAUGUGUUCAACUUUAUUCAUCCUCCUUAUGACCUGUUUGGUUGCAAGGAAUGAUUAUGCUUCUGUAUGGCAAUGACUAUUCUUAGAGAAUGAUCCUAUAGUUGAUAUUGUCAAGACUUUCAAUAAUCUUGGA